AUGGAAGGACUUAAGAAAACCUUUGCGCAAUGCAAAAAGGAAGAGAGACCAGCUCUCGUUACAUAUGUCACUGCUGGAUUUCCAACAUCGGCAGAGACUGUGGAUAUUCUUUUGGGAAUGGAAGCUGGUGGUGCCGAUGUCAUUGAACUCGGCCUACCCUUCACAGACCCAAUUGCAGACGGACCUACGAUACAAAAGUCAAAUACUAUUGCUUUGAAAAAUGGAGUUACCGUUGCAUCAACCCUCGAUAUCGUUCGACAAGCCAGACAGAAAGGAUUAAGAGCACCUGUACUCUUCAUGGGUUACUACAAUCCAAUGUUGAGUUAUGGCGAGGAGAGAUUACUCAGGGACUGCAGAGAGGCAGGUGUCAAUGGCUUCAUUGUUGUCGAUCUACCACCUGAGGAGGCUGUUACAUUCCGAAAUUUCUGUACGAAGGGAGGUCUAUCAUACGUACCACUUAUUGCGCCAGCGACAUCAGAAACUCGCAUGAAAUUACUAUGCAAACUUGCUGAUUCAUUCAUCUAUGUCGUCUCAAGAAUGGGUGUAACAGGUGCUACCGGAUCUAUGAACGCAAAACUUCCAGAUCUGUUGGCGCGAGUUAAGGAGUACUCUGGAAAUAUUCCAGCAGCUGUUGGAUUCGGUGUCAGUACAAGAGAUCAUUUCUUGAGUGUUGCAAAGAUCGCAGAUGGUGUCGUUAUCGGAAGUCAGAUCGUUACCACACUUGCCGAGGCUCCUGCUGGACAAGGAGCUAAGGCUGUCGAGGAGUAUUGCGCUGAAGUUUGUGGACGAAGAAAUGCUCCAAAUGGUGGUCUCACAAGAGAAGUCGGCAUUGUCGAGACAUUAUCAAAUGCGCACGAGCCAAACGGAGACGAUGUGCAUGUAGAUGGUGUUAUCAAAGAGUCUUCUGGGCCUGGUCUUGCUGAUCAGCUCGAAGCUCUUAAUACCGAUGGACCAGUCGAUCCAGCCACCGUACCUUCAAGAUUUGGUGAAUUCGGUGGACAGUAUGUGCCUGAAUCAUUAAUGGAUUGCUUGUCGGAAUUGGAGGCAGGUUUCAACAAAAUUAAGGAUGACCCAGCUUUCUGGGAAGAGUUUCGAUCAUAUUAUCCAUACAUGGGCCGACCAGGUCAACUCCAUCUAGCCGAAAGAUUAACAGAGCAUGCUGGGGGUGCCAAUAUCUGGUUAAAGAGAGAAGAUCUCAACCAUACCGGAAGCCACAAGAUUAACAACGCUCUUGGUCAAAUUCUGCUUGCUAGAAGACUUGGCAAGACUGAAAUCAUUGCCGAGACUGGAGCUGGUCAACACGGUGUAGCAACAGCUACAGUUUGCGCAAAAUUCGGCAUGAAAUGCACAAUUUACAUGGGAGCUGAGGACGUACGCAGACAAGCCCUCAACGUAUUCCGUAUCAAACUCCUCGGUGCUCAAGUCAUCGCCGUCGAAGCCGGUUCCCAAACCCUCCGCGACGCAGUCAACGAAGCCAUGCGUGCUUGGGUCGUAAAACUCGACACAACACACUAUAUAAUCGGCUCAGCAAUUGGUCCCUACCCCUUCCCAACCAUCGUCCGCACCUUCCAAUCCGUAAUCGGCAACGAAACACGCGAACAAAUGCUCGCCAAACGCAACAAACUCCCAGACGCAGUCAUUGCCUGCGUCGGCGGUGGCUCAAACGCCACAGGCAUGUUCUUUCCGUUCUCCAAAGACCCCUCCGUUCUUCUCAUCGGCGUCGAAGCAGGCGGCGACGGUAUCGACACUCCGCGUCAUUCCGCCACCCUUUCCGCAGGCACAAAGGGUGUCCUCCACGGCGUCCGCACCUACGUUCUCCAGGACUCCCACGGUCAGAUUCAAGACACGCAUUCCGUCUCCGCUGGUCUCGAUUACCCGGGUGUAGGCCCCGAACUCGCGUCCUGGAAAGAUAGCAACCGCGCGCGCUUCAUCAGCGCCACAGACGCUGAAGCUUUCACGGGCUUUAGAUUGCUAAGUCAGCUUGAGGGUAUCAUCCCCGCGCUGGAGACGGCGCACGCGGUGUUUGGUGCGGUGCAAGUUGCGAAGGAACUCGGCAAGGGCAAGGAUAUUGUGAUAUGUGUUAGUGGACGCGGGGAUAAGGAUGUGCAGAGUGUGGCUGAUGAGUUGCCUACGUUGGGGCCGAAGAUUGGAUGGGAUUUGAGGUUUUAG